CAAGAGCGUAGCAUUGGGUUAUGUAGUUGUAGAGGUCUUGUGUAACUAGCAUUCGUUUUUAUAAUGCGUUUUCAACAUCAAGAGGCAAAUUGAACGGGCAAAAAGCCGUGUUGUGAGGAACACGAAUGUGAAAGACGAGUCCAGCAGCUACGUCGACGUGAUUCGUGUAUUGUUGCUAGUUUACUAUAUUGCUGCAAAAUUGGACGUCUUUGGGAGUGCGUACAUAGUAAGGUAGCUAGCUACGCCUCUCAUAGAAGGGUUCCUGCAAAAAUCGAUACUUAAGUUAAAGGCUUUCUGUCUAAUUUUCAGUGCAUAUUCGUCUUGCAUACAAACGUUUCAUUGCAGUAAAAUUCUCUAAGCAUUUAGCUGGCUAUACAACUCCUGGCUCUUAGAUUUGGGUCACCUAGCCAGCUGAGUGUUGCUGGACUUAUCUAACCUACCGAGCUAACGAAGCAAAUGUCAAUGUCGGACUAACUAGUAGUGUGGGGUGCAACGGAGUCUAGGUUGUCGUGUUCAGGAAAUGCAAUCUGUGCUCAGGCUGGCUGCAGUGGCAGUCCCUAUGGGUUUGCUGCUAUCCAGGACAAUGGCAUGGAUAUCCAGUGGUAGAACACAUCCAGAACUUAUAAGCCGUCUGCAAGAACAUGGAGUUAUAUGUAAUGAUCGAGUGUUUGAAGCCAUGCUUGCCACUGAUAGGAGGAUCUAUUCCAAGGACUACCCUUAUGAAGAUUCUCCCCAGUCUAUAGGAUACAAGGCUACCAUCAGUGCACCUCAUAUGCAUGCACAUGCUUUGGAGAUUCUCAGUGACAAGUUAACUGAAGGAGCCUCAGCACUGGAUGUUGGUUCAGGGAGUGGUUAUCUCACUGCCUGUUUUGCAAGAAUGGUAGGACCCACUGGGAAAGUAGUGGGAAUCGAGCACAUAGAAGAACUAGUGCAAGCCUCAGUGAAAAAUGUUCAAGCUGAUGACCCAGAUCUGCUGACCUCUGGACGGAUCAAGUUAGUUGUGGGUGAUGGCCGGUUAGGGUUUCCAGAUGGUGCACCCUAUGACGCAAUUCAUGUUGGGGCAGCAGCACCUAUGGUCCCCAAAGCGCUUCUUGACCAGUUGAAACCAGGUGGAAGGCUGGUUCUGCCUGUAGGUCCAGAGGGUGGGAGCCAGGUUCUAGAGCAGUAUGAUCGCCAGAGUGAUGGCACCUUCCUCAAGAAAGCCCUCAUGGGGGUGGUCUACGUUCCACUGACAGACAAACGGCGCCAGUGGGCAGGCAGUGAACUCUGAUGCAGUGUGGUUGCCCCUGCAGGAGAUGGCUUUGGUGUUGCAGUGCAGCUAACAUUUAGGACACCGCUGGCUUAUCGCCUCUACUUGCCGAUUAGCAACAUUAGUGACGCACCUGGCAGGCACAUUUUCAGCUUUAUCUAAACUCAUGUUUAUUAACUAAAACAAGGGUUUACAUUUAACCAUUGAUGGAUGAUACAUGGUUUCCCUCUUCUGCUCUAAAAUGGUUGAGACCUUUUUAAAGGUGUGGUGAAAAGGUUAAACAUCUUUCUUUGUUAUUUUGAGUUGUAAAGCAGUCAAAGGUGAUCAAUAACUACCUAGAGCAUUAAUGUAUUCUUUAUGACUGCUGUGACAUUUAACUGCAAAAGUUAUAUAAAACUUGUGUAUUUAAUUUUUAUUAAUAAUGCCUUUUAAUGAAUAAAAAAUGCUUACGCAGUGCUAUGUCCAAAUUGA